CAAUUUGAAAAUAAAACUGUAGAGCUUUUUUUGUGGAAAUACCCCCACUCUGCAGUUUCAGUUUCAAAGUGAGAUCAGCAUUCCUUGUACUGUUGUCUCUGUGAAAUUUUAUUUUGAGACAAUGACGUCUCGAAGGCAUGGAGUAUAUUAGGUGUGGUUGCUCUGCUCCUAUCAACCCCGUGGUUUUCUGUUUGAGCCCGUCUGUAUGUGAGACCCACCAGUUUGAAGGCAGCCUUCAAGUGAACACAAAAUACCACAUCUUUCUGCAGGAGGAUUUACCUGUAAAAAAAACAUGGCUGAUAGCAAAGCAGAUGAUGCAGAAGUGCAUUCCAAGGAAAAUUUUUUUUUUUGGUCCCCUACACCCUUUAUCGUUUCGAAACUGUCACUCUGAGCUUGUCCUCAGUGACACAGCAUGUAGUCCAGAGUUCAUCCAGGAGCUUCUUCCAUCUGUGGAGCGAACGGCUCUUCUCUAUCAUCUGUCGUACCUGUCUCUGGGAAGUUUCCCAAAGCUGGAGCGUCUGAUCAGAAAACGAGCUAUGGAAACACAACUGCUGUUUGGAUCCUCUGAGGCUGUUCUGCUAAAAUGUGUAGGAACCAGCGACAACCUGGUUAAAUCACUGCUGCCCUUUCUGAAGGUUGCUGUGGAGAAGAACAAACCGCAGUUAGCCCUGAAAUUCCUAGACAAAGCCAAAGAAUGGAUCGGUGAAAUCAUACGGGACGUUAAAGAAAUUGUGCAGAGGUACGAGAAACAUAACAGUGACGUAGCCAAAUCAAACAGUGACAUCAUCACUGAGAAAGAAGAGACAGAGAAGAAGCAGCAGCAACAAACCUGUGAGAUGGAGACGCUUCAGAAGAACAUUGAAGACCUGGAUGCAAACCUUCAUAACAUUAAUAAGGAGAUAGAAGAUCAUGAGAAGAAGAUUGAGCAGAAAAAUGUGGAGAUAAAAAAGUUUAUCAACAGCAUCACCAACACCAAGAACCAACAGCUGAUGCAGAUGCCUGCAGUGAAAGUAACAAGUGUUGCUAUAUUUUUAAUGAUGGUGCCAUUUGUGGAACAUAUUAUGAAUUACAUUUGUAAAAUGGAGACAUCACAGGAAUCUAUGAUCAGAACUCUUCAAACUGGUUUAUCUGAACUCACUAGUGCAAAGCAACACCUGAAAGAACAAGAGUGGGACAUCCAGAACAAGCUGAUGGACAAGCAGCUGCAGAAAACGAUUCCCUGUGUUUCUCAUCUUGAUGAGGUACAGAUCUGCCUGUCCCAAAUCCAGCAAAUUCUGGUUCAGCUCCAGAAAUUCUGGGAGAAAGUGGGUUCCCUAUUGGAUACGCUGAAGCAAAGGACCUUCGCUGGAGAGGACUGGAUUGAUGAGCUCACUGAUCUAAAGGAACAGUUCCUGGAGUCCAUUGAUGCAGCUAAAGAGGGAUGGACACAGUUUGGCAUCAGCUGCAUGAAGGCCAACAAAAUCUUCAGCGAUCAGUCAAGUCAGGCCUACAAGUUCCUGGAGGUCAGUCCUUCAUCUCUGUCCAAAGAACAGUGGGAGAAAGAGUACGAGAGCGUGAAGGAGAAACUGGAGAAGAUCAGACUAAACACUGUGAAUCAUAAAGCCAUUAUGCAGUGAGAUCUAGAAAGAUAUCAGGGAAUAUUAGUGAAAUUCCUAGCAAUGUUGCUGCUUUUUGCUAUUAACCAGGGCUGGUGUCAAGAGGUGCACUGGUGGGCUGUGAUUGAAUUUGAAAGUAAAAGAUUGCAUGCCUUUGUGAAUGUGAGCGAUUGCACGCUUCCUCCCUUCUGUAACUGAAUGUCUAAAAAAGGGCUGAUAAACCAGUAUAAAGUAUACUGACUAUUAUUAAUCUCAAUGUUUGACCUGCUCCAUAUGAAAUAAAACUGCUUUCA